GCUCUGGCUGGCGCUGUGCUACCGAGACAUCAUGGCUGACAAGGAGGGGGUGACGCUGUCGCUGGAGGAGGAGGAGGAGGAUGCCGACGCGGCCCUGGCGUACAAGACGCCGGAGAAGAAGAGCCUGCGGGAGAUCCAGGAGCUGGACCCAGGGGAUGAGAGCCUGCGGAAGUACAAGCAGGCGCUGCUGGGUGCCAUCCCUGCCGCCGUGGAUGCCAGUGUGCCCAACGUGCAGGUGACAAGGCUGACUCUGAUGUGUGAGCAGGCGCCAGGGCCCAUCACCAUGGACCUGACAGGAGACCUGGAGGGGCUGCAGGGCAGGGCCUUUGUGCUGAAGGAAGGGGUGGACUACAGGGUGAAGGUGUCCUUCAAGGUGAACAGGGAGAUCGUCUGCGGGCUGCGGUGCCUGCACCUCACCUACCGCCGGGGCCGGCCCGUGGAUCGCGACGUCUUCAUGGUGGGCAGCUACGCGCCGCGGGCCGAGGAGUACGAGGUGGUGACGCCGGCGGAGGAGGCGCCGCGGGGAUGGCUGGCACGGGGCUCCUACCGCGUCCGCUCCCUCGUCACCGACGACGACAAGACGGAGCACCUCUCCUGGGAGUGGGGGCUCUGCAUAAAGAAGGACUGGGAGGACUGACCCCCACCCCUCCGCACCCCGGUUCUUCCCGCCAGCUCGGGGACGCGGUGCCGCCAUCCCGGGGACCCCUCGCCGGCACCGCCGCGCUUGCCCCAGUCGCGUGAAGGGUUGAGGGGGGUCCCUUAGCGAGUGGGCGCCCGUGGUCGUGGUCUUCGCAACCAAAGUUAUUUUUAAUUGCUCUUUUUUUUUAAAUCUCAAAGCCCGCCUGGUCCUCACGGCGUCCCCAUUGCUGGGGCCGGGGCUGUGACCCCGCCGUGGUGGUGCCGUGCCCGGUACCCGCCCGGUCGCAGGCUGUGCUCUUCCAUCGCCAUUAAACCCUACAGACUGGUCUCUUA